AUGGAAAGACAACAACAAUUAGAACAAGAAAAACAAGAAAUUCAAAAUCAUCGAGCCUAUUCAGCAAUUAACCCUACUAUUAGUGGUGAUAAUAAAAAUAAAACAAAGGAACAAAUUGGGAUGAGGGGAAUACAAAGAAGACGUCCUUAUGAUAUAAAUUAUUGUAAACGAGAACUUGAUCUUGCUUUAGGAUUUUCAAGUCCGACAAAAUUGCAAAAGAAAAUGUUCUAUAAAAAAAACAUGUCGAAUAUAAACGGUAUUGAGGCAAAAAUUGCGGAAAUUGAUAAAAAUCGACCUUUUAGCAACUCAUUGACUGAUAAUUUUGAACGAAGGCACACAUAUCUUCGAAUUUCAAUAACAGAACGAUGCAAUUUAAGAUGUACUUAUUGUAUGCCAACUGAUGGUGUUGACCUCACACCUUCCAAUAAACUUCUAACUACCGAGGAAAUCAUACGAAUCGCAAAGAUAUUUAUAUCCCAAGGUGUUAAUAAGAUUAGACUUACAGGUGGUGAACCUACUAUAAGAAGUGACAUUGUUGAAUUAGUUGGUGAAUUGGGAAGAUUAAAAUCACAUGGCUUACAGACAAUUGCUAUGACUUCUAAUGGAAUAGCAUUGAAACGGAAACUGCCCAAACUUGUUGAUAAUGGAUUGAAUCUAUUAAAUCUUAGUUUAGAUACUUUAGAUCCAUUUAAAUUUCAAUUGAUCACACGUAGAAAAGGCCUUGAAAGAGUUUUGGAAACAAUUGAUCAAGCUAUCGAAUUGGGUCUUAAGCCUUUAAAAAUCAAUUUUGUGGUUAUAAGAGGAACAAAUGAAAAUGAAGUAUUAGAUUUUAUAGAAUUGACACGAAAUAAGCCUAUUUAUGUAAGAUUCAUUGAAUAUAUGCCAUUUGAUGAUAACAAGUGGAAUAAGAAAAAAUUUGUGCCAUAUAAAGAGCUAUUGGAAAAUAUUCAAACCAAAUAUCAUAAUAUUCAAAGGUUAUCUGAUGAUUUAAAUGAUACUUCAAAGGCAUAUUGUAUACCUGGAUUUACUGGAAAAUUUGGAUUUAUUACUUCCAUUGUAACAAUGUUGUUGCAUGUACAAAUCACACUAUCACAUUUUGGUACCAAGGAAUCAUUCUCAAGAAAAAUGUUAUGGACAACUAUGGAUGUUGAUUGUCCUUGGUGGAUGGAUUGGUUUCAUGACAAUAUAUUAGUCCUUAGUACACUUAGAGAUGUUGCUAAUCAAAUUAAAUUAUUAGGAAAAGUUGCAAAAUCACAUGUUGAUAGACACAACAUGGUGAAAAAUGAGUAA